CAUGAUCUAUAAUCGCACAGAACAGCAAAGAUGAAGCUGGUAAUAAGCGUUGUUGUGUUGAUGUGUGUUGGAGCCGCACAGGCACAGGGUACAAUUACUCUAACAUUAGACAUCCUUAGUGAAAUCCAGAAGAUUAAGACCAUAGAGGAAAGGUUAAAUGCUCUGGAACUAAAGAGCAAGAAUGAAGAAAAGAUGAAAGUGGCUUUUUCAGCCUCACCGUCAGAUAUAGGGUAUAUUGGCCCUCAGGAUGAAGCAAAAACUCUUGUGUAUGAAAAUGUGUUUACUAACAUUGGAAAUGCUUAUGACUCCACUACAGGGAUCUUCACUGCACCAGUAAAAGGAGUUUAUUUCUUCAACUUCGUGGUCUUCAAUGCUGCUGCUCCUGAGAGCGGUGUGAAACUGCUAAAGAAUGACAAGUUGGUGGUGGCAGCAACAGAUAACCCACCCCUGGAACUCACCGAGGACACGGCCUGUAACUCUGUCACUCUCCUUUUGGAGCAAGGGGAUCAGAUUCGUCUUCAGCUCAUAGAGAAGCGUCGGAUCUACACAGAUAACUUGAACCGGAACACCUUCAGCGGACACCUUCUGUUUACUGUGUGAAUGUCUGUGGCCGGUUGCUUAGACUAAACUGCUUAGACUAGUCUUAAAAGUAGUCAUCUAAUUUUUUAAUUCAGUGACAUACAGUAAAAGGUCUAAUUAGAAUCAGAAAGAGCCCUAAUUAAUUACUAGUUGGUCAGACUAGUUAAGACACAGUUAGGCCAGUUAGGUUUUAUUUAAGAUACAAAAAAUAACAAAAUCAAUCAAGUAGUCAUUCAAAAGUCAUGUAAAAAAAUUGGUACAAGUAAUUCAAUUUAAUAAUCGUAAUUUUCAACAUAUUCGAAACAAUUUAAAUAUGAGUGCUGCUAAAACCUACUUUUAUUCUAUGAUCAUUUCUCAUAUGGACUACUGUUUAACUAGUUGGUCACUUGCUUGUCCCACAACACUAAAAACUAUUGAAAAUCCUUACAAAGAAAGUUUAAAAAUACUUGACAAAAAACCCAUUUCUCACCAUCACUGUAAUAUUUUAAAAAAGCAUAGAUUAUUGGAUCUUAAUAAUAUGAUUAAUCUUAAAAGAGCUUGUCUGAUUUACAAGGCCCUACACUCCCUCGCACCACCACCGUUGAAUGAUUUUAUUAAAUAUAAAGAUAGCGCAGAAAGGAUCACGCGAGCUACUACCAGAGGUGACCUGGCAAUACCCCACAGACGCACCACCUUUGGACAGACUGUGCUGUCUGUUCAUGGUGGGAAUCUGUGGAAUAGUCUUCCAUUAGCAUUGAGAGAAAUUUCUACGUAUGAUAUUUUUAAAAUUCAGAUGAAGAAUUGGCUCUGGUUAAACCAAACCUGUAGUCAUUCUUAGUAGCAAUCUAUAUUUCUAUUUAAAAAAAAUUUUUUAUUGGGAGAUAACUGUAUGUAUGUGGUGAUUGUGCGUAUAUGUGUAGAAACUUAGUGGAGUGUGUAAUGAGUGGAUUGUGUAAUCAUGUGAAUCGUGUAAAGUGAGUAAUGUGCAAUGUGAAGUGUGUACAAUAAUUGUGGAUCGUGCAACAUGAGCUUGUGCAAUAAUGUGAUUGUGUAAUUUUUUUUUUUGUUUGUUUUGUUUUGUAUAUGAAACUUGGUUGUUUAUGUAUUGGCUCUUGUGAUUACAGUCCUGGGGACAACGGAUGGAAAUUAGCCUUUGGCUACAAUCCGGUGUGUUUACAUCCAUGUAUUAUCAAUGUUUGUUCAUUAACACACACUGUCCCUAUUAAAAAAAAAAAAAAAAAAAAAAAGUAAAAAUUUUUUUCCUGAAGCUGUAAAGAAAAUUGGCAAGACAAUCAAAAGUGACAAAAAGACAAGAAAGUUGUAAAUUGGCUACAAUCCUUCAAAUGUAGCACCAUUUCUCUUAUUGAACACUAUAACUGUUUGUAGACACUUCCAUUCUAUAUGUAAUGGAUUUUUAUUUUUUUAAUUAACCAUAACUAACAUUUCAUUUUCUUGCUGGCCUAACAUUUAACAUUUGAGAACAAAAUCUAUUAACCAAGGUUUGUGUAUCUAUACUUAAGACACUGGCUAGACAGUUAUCUAAAUAUAAUAGCCCCAUGACAUACGGAGUAAUCAAUGAACCAAUAACCUCAUGAUAACCUCUUUUCAUGCCAUGUAUCUAUCCUAUAUAAACUAUUCUUUUUAAUGGUGGGAUUCUCUGUGCUUGAUACGAGGUCCUCUCCAGCUGUGAUUAAAGCAUAUUCAAAGGCA